AUGUCUGAUCACUUUACCAAGUACGUAGAGGUGUUUCCGGUAAAGACACAGACAGCUGAGGAGAGUGUGGAUAAGAUAGUGGAUAAUUUUAUUUCGCGCUGGGGUACGCAUCUGUCCAUCAAUUCAGAUCAGGGUUCAGCAUUUGAGAGUCAGUUAUUACAGAAAAUGUGUUCUAUCUUCGGGAUCAAGAAGACUCGCAUCAGCCCGCGCAACCCAAAAGGCAAUGGCCAAGUUGAGCAAUUCAAUCGUUCUCUUCUCAAAAUGAUUCGCGCAUAUUUAUCGGUUGAACAGAGCGAAUGGGAUUUGCAUCUAGGAAGUAUCGCAGGAGCAUAUCGAGCAACUCCGCAUGAGAGCACUGGUCUUCGCCAAACAUGCUUGCAACUGGACAAGAAGUCCGUCUGCCUCUUGAUGUCAUUUACGGCCUUCCUAGAACCGCAGAAGACGGGGAUUCUGCAGCGGGACACGCAUUGA